GCCCGCGUUGUCUUCCGUCUGCUGCCGUCGUCGUCGACUGUUUCAUGGCUGACGUGUUCCGCAGGCUGCCGCUGCUGCUCCUCGUUGUCCUGUUGCUGCUCCUCGUGGUCCUCUUCCGCGUGUGCAUCCUUGGGAACGUGCCGCCGCGUCGAUGCAAAAGAAGGUCUUCGAUGACGGACGCCAAGACGGAGGCAAGGCAGGCGAUCCCCCGGUCCGGAGGGGAGCAGGUCGGAGGGAGGCGGUGCGGGGGGAGCCUGUCGACAGUUGGUAGGGCCUCCCAGCGGGUUGGGUAUGAGGCAUUGCCACCGCACUUGCAACCACUCCCCGGCUCAUCAGAAAAGGAGGAGGAGGUGGAGAGACGGCCACAAACCGUGUCGUUGGGUAGCGGAUCAACGCAGGAGUGGGCAGCCACAGAGCUGUGCGGGACGGGCGGCAUCGUGUACGACCAGUCAUUCAUUGAACUCCUUCGGCCUGGCCUUAGCGAAGACGAAGGAGAUGGCCGCGUCAACCUGUCGUUUGGUUUGUCCACCGGGCGGUCUACAACUCCAUCGCGGACAGUGCUCGUGCGACCCCAUCCCGGCGACGAAGGCGGGCAAUUGACAGUCGUCGAUCGAUCAGCGAGGACGAGGGCGUUGGCGAGUGAAACGACGGGAGCAAACCGAAACUCGUCGACGCCCCAACCACGGGCGGCCUCUCUGUCCAAGGGCGCCCUGGGUCGGCUGGAGUGGAUGCAGUUGCCGUCUCCCCUGUCUGCGGCAUCUGAAGUGGCACGAGGGCAUGGCGUCAGCGUCGACGGCGGGACCAACUUCUUGGAUGUUGGUGAUGGUCGCGACGGGAGGGAGGUGUGGAAGGACCUGCGCCGGGAUCAACGGCUGCGGCGAGAGGAAUGCAUCACAUGGGGUAAGAGGUGUGCAAUGCUUGCGCAGCGAUGGAGAGUGCAAGCCGUGAGAGGGCUUACGGGGGAGAAAGGGUUUGUGGCAUCGUUGAUGACUGCGUCCGGGGCAGGAGGCCAUGAGCGUGCGGGGUUAGUUUCACUCAUGUGGGAGCGAUUGUCGGUCAAGUGUUUUGUUGUCCUGCUGAACAGUUUGCGACGUCCUUCUUUCAUUUUCAUUCGUUUGUAUCGUAUUUAGUUUUCUCAAAUUUUAUUUUCGUGAACUUGUUUCCUUCACUGGAUUUCGUCAUGCCACUGUUCACAUGUGGCAUGCGGAGUAAAAGGUGCAAUGCUUGCGCAGCGAAUAUCCUUAUGGAUGAUGUUUUUUUUGUCUUCCCAUCGAUGCGUGGUCUUCUGUUUUCGUUCGAUCCAUCACUUGUUUUUGGUAAAACGCAUGCAUGGUGGGUUCGGUUUCUUCUCUCAUUGAGUGCUGAAUGUAUGUGCCAACAAAGUUAUGCAUCAUGGUUCGUGCGUAUGAAACAUCCAAUCAUUUAUUUCGUCUUCCAUUCCAUCAUAAAAAGAAAAACUUAAUCGAACGUCUGUGGGGAGUCAGAACGGUUAACAAACAGGUAACGCAAAG